AGUCAAUGAUGCAUAAGUUCCUAGGUGCCUAACAGCACUCUCAAGGAUAAAAUCUCAGGAUCUAUUUAGUUUUCCCAGUGUUUCUCCAGAACAAAUUGGCUCUGAUCCAAAGGGCCCAUGGAGGCUGAUCUAAAGCCAGUUCUUUCACAGUUGUAAAGGAUGCAAGAAAAGAGGGGAGUGAAUGAGUAUAAUUUCAACCCAGGAACAAGCUCAUAAAAUCAAUGACUCCCAAAGUGCUAUUGAAAAAAAGUGGUUUUUCAUACCUGCUCAUUACACCAUCUGAGUUAGGAAAGAAACACUGAAAUCAUCCAUUGCCUUUAAUUUGUAAUGAUGGGUCAUAUUUGGUUACUGCUCAAUUAUAGACAGCUAUAUUUGUUCCCAGCAUGUUGCACUGCUAUCCUUCCCAGACUGACAGUUUCACAACGGCACAAUUUGCACCUGUAGGUAAUAAGGAUGUAAUAGUGCAUAACAUCAUAAGUUGGAGAGGUAGCUGUAUAAUCCGGACUUCAUGUGCCUAGAUGAUAAUGUGACCAGUGGUGGUGUUGUGAGAGAAAUUGGGAGAUAAGCACUGAUGCUGCCAAAGUACAUUUAACCAGGUGGCUGCAAUUUAUUUAGGUACUAGAGGUUCUACUGCAUUCAAAACUGGAGUUUUCCAUUGUCACCUUUGGAGGAUCUCUUACUGCUUAUGCAUUGCCUAUACUGACCUGUUCCCUCUAUGUUUCUUCCCCUCCAAUUCCUUGGCACUUCCGUACAGAUGGCAAUAAGGAAUGAUUCCUCAGAUACCCGUAGCUCAGAAAGCCGAGAGAACAUCCAUGCCGAGGUGAGUGAGCUCUGUGAUCCAAAUUUGUCAGCUCCAUCCACUGAGGAUCUGUCUGUCACUCUGACGCCCUCCGAAGCAAGAGACUCAGCCGGCUGGGGGCGAUCGAGCGUUCAUACUCAGCAACAUUCCCGCAAUCAGUAUAACAUUUCCAUGCAUGUGCCGGAUUUGUGUGCCUGUACAGACUCCCUUCAAGAACUGCCUGGAGACCCGAUGGACCAAGAAGUAUCAGAAAUAAAUAGCUCUUUUACUUCAGGAACUUGUUCAGCCAUGAGUGCCUCUUCAGUGGUUCAGCCCGAGACCCCUAAGAGAAACGUAGGCAACAGUGGCAAUGUCACUUUGAAGGACCUGAAGAAGUGCUACAGUGUAGAUACACAGGGUCUUCUUAAAAAACCAUCAUCCUGGUUAGAUGAUCAAAGGAGACAUUCCAUAGAGAUUUGCUCCAUGGAAAACAGCCCUCAGCAUCAUUCCACAUCUAGUUCUUCUGGCUUCAUAAGUCAGGUCUUAAGUGAAAUGGAAGGCUUGCAAGGGACGCGGCAGAAGAAAAAACUGAGUCCCCCGUGUAUAUCAAUAGACCCACCUGAUGAACAGAGUUUGUUACUGAGGGGGCCACGCAGCGCCACACUGCCUGCCAGUGCAGACGUUUGCUUGCGAAGACGCGCCCCGUCCUGGGAUUCCAAGGAUUCGGUGGACGCAGGGGACUCGGCCCUUCCAGACAGUAUGUCACUAACUCCAACCCCAAAGAAAGACUUGUUGACUCUUCCUAGCUUUUCCUUUGAUCAAACAGAUGCGGACCCUUGAGUUAGUUUGUUUUCCGUUGUUGGUGCCAAAUGUUUCUUUUCUCCCUCAUGUAAUAAAUUAAACCUUUCCAUUCUAAAAUGGCACUGAUUUCUUAAAAAAAAAAAUCCAAAGAAAGUUUAAAGAGCUAGCUGGUUUUAAGAGUGGUUAAGCUAUAUCACGCUUACUUAAGCAUAAGUUCUGCUUGGGUAAAAGCAAUACAUUGUUCAGAGUCUAUAUGUAUAUUCUAUUUUAUUAAAUUAAUUGAACCUAGUAUUGCAGGAUGUAGUACAUUUUGUGGCUUAAAGACAUUGUUUAUUUUCUUCUUUUUUAUGUAUCUCAGAAUAUUCCUGAGAUUGCGUUGGUUUUUUUAAUGAAUAUUUUAACCUUUAAAAAUACAUAUUUAAUCCUCCCCUAUUUUCUUUUCAUUUUGCAAAGCACAAGAUGUAGCCAUUAGUGCAUUACUGAGAAAAUGUGUCCCAUGGUCAACUAGAAAUGAGAAUAUUUGCAAUUAUAAUGUACUUCACUCACUGACCCCUCAACUAUUUUCUGUAGAAAAUAGCCAUUUGGAUAUUUUUUUUACAACUGUAUUGGCAUUAAAAAAAAGAAUAAAAUAAUAUCCAAAAUGA